ACCAUCCGCCUCACCGCCGCUGCAGCAGCAGCGCAACAGGGCAAUUGAUGUUGGGAAUUGGAGAAAGUGGGCAGUCUGAGUCGUGGUGAUUCCUUGGUUUCUUCUGCAACCAUAAUCAUAUGCCAAUGGCUUCAACUGUACUGGAUGUUGUCGGUCUUGUUGAUAUUCUUGCUCUCGUCGCGAUCGUUGCUUUGCGCAAGGCCGCGCAGAGGUGCAAAGGGUCGCAGUUUUGGUUUCGCACCAUGCUCCCACACUACAAAAAUCCCUGAGCUGGCGGCAUCAAGCGGUGACACUUCUUCAAGGCCUGGACGCCAAUUCGACUUUUUUUCUGCGAUGGUUGAUGAUUCAAUGCACAGCAAGGGGAGGGAUCAUUUGGCAGGGACGGCUGGUCGCAGGGCACUCUUUAAGGGCGGGUCUGCCGGCUUACACCCCGGACAAGGGCGUUUGCUGGUUCAAUUUCUUCGACCUGGAACACUCAUCCAUGCACCGAUCAUUGAACCAAACCAAAUUCUUGGAAGAUGUUGUCCAUCAGACGUCAUAAAGCACCCUAGGCAACAAUCCGUACAUAAUUACAGAUCAACCCUAUAGCCAACCUAACUUACCUACCCAAGGUACAGCAUGGAGUGGUUGUCAGCCACUGCCCCCAUAAGGUAUCUAAGCCUAUCUGUGAUGGCUCAGGCGUCAACUUUCAAGCCAUCUCACACACAAGGGAACCAAGCGAUCCCGAUAGGAUGGAUCGGACAGGGCCUCCACC